AUGGUCUACAAACUCUCUUGCUGUUCAUUGGGCCAAAUUCAAAUCCCCAACUGGUCAUCAAAAGCUGUCUCAAACCUCUUCCCCACUCCCGCGGCUAGGAUUAUGGGACAUGCACUGGCUAAGAGUAGCAUCAGACCAACCCUUCUCCUCCCGGAAGACCCAGUUCGAACCGAUUCGCUUAGAGGUUGGCUGUUUCUGGUGGUUCGUGGGGUGAUAAUAGUAAUGAGAAGAUACGACAAGAUUUGCGCUACGGAAGAGUGUACCAAAUGGCUUUCUUGCGAGAUCUUUGGUCUCCACGGGAAUAUGGCGGAGCAUCAUCUUACUCCGGUGCUGGAACUGACAUUGACGAACAUCAAAGGGUGUCAAACACUAGCUGGGCUAGAUCGCUGGUUGCAGACCUGA